AUGAGGAUCACAAAGACACUAUCAGCCAGCAAUGACCCUAUCUUAGUGAUCACCAUCCACCCUGGUGGCGUGCCUCCAAGGUACAUGGUAGGGACCCUGUUGCACGUCCUUUAUGACCACCGUUCCCGCGAUGUGCUCAAUAUCCCAUGCCUUAGUUUGCUCAAUCAACUCUCCGAAUAUACAAUGGCUCAAUCCUCGUUGCCCUCUCUUCCCCUCGAGAUUUUCGAGAUGAUCUGCGACGAGCUCCCCACCCCGGAUCUAGCGGCCCUCGUCGGCACCUGCUGCCACACAUACCACCGCACCAUUCAUCGCUUCGCCCAACGAUACGUUGAAGUCUACCUUGACUUUUCCGAUACCAGUCUCAACCACCUGCAUGCCAUCUCUCAGAACCAUAUCAUGCGCCAAUAUGUCCAGCGACUCGUCGUCAUGGCUCCGGAGCCAUAUCUCGGUCGGGACAGACCGUGGCACCGGACCGCGGCAGGCCACUUGCGCAAUCCAAGGGAUAUAUCAUCCAUCCGACGCUUUCGCGAUGAUCUUGUCCACCGACUGGUCAACUGCCGAUCGUUCAUUAUCUCGCCGAUCCCAAGCCCCGAACCUGAACCCUCCGAGACAGAACCCUCACGGGAUGACCAUCUCGUCCCGGAUGACGUCGCAUAUAUCCUCUGGGACAUUAUCGCCGAUGCAUCCCUACCGAUCAAACUCUUCUGGUACGGUAAAGGAAUGAACUACACGUCGGAGACAAUGGACAUCAAACGCCUACCGAAACAUCUAAUCGGCAAUGCCGGGUUCCGAGCAUCCUGGAUGCAGUUGGAGAACUUACAUUUGGAGCAUGAACUCACGCCGUACAAUUUCUCCUUUCUUCUUGAUUUAAUCCUCCAUGGGCCUGCGCUUCGCAAACUCUAUCUCAGUCUGGGUCCGUCAGACCUGGCGAUGGAAUUCUUCGCCGAGCUUGCCAGAUCCGAGACACUGCCAGGCAUGCUUGAGAGACUCACCUUGGCAUUUACUACAAUUCAGGCGGAUGAUCUACUGCGUAUUCUCUGCGCAUCGCGACUGAGUCUGCGACGGCUCGAUCUAUCGGGUGUAACGGGUCUGUCGACAGGAUGGCUGGCGGUGCUGAGUAGUCUACUGGGGGAGUUUCCGCACUUGGAGACCAUCGAGCUGGAUACGUUGUAUGGAGGUGAGGGCGUGACGCUGUCCACGGCAACGACAUGCGGGUUAUCUCAGAAGGGAUUCGGAAGGGGUCGGGGUUCCCUAGAGGAAAUGGGGAUGAAGUUGGUGGAUCUUACGAGCCAGGGGGGGAUGUUAGACCUGAGUAAAAUGCAAGGGACGGGAUUAACAAUAUAA